AGAUCAGAUGAAUUAGACAAUUAGCUUGCUUCCCAUACUCCUAGCUGCUCCACUCCACAUGGCUUCCAGGUUCCAAUACCUCCUCCUUCUCCUGCUCUUCAUUGCGCCUUCUUCUUUUGCUCAAUCCUCUUUCAGACCCAAAGCCCUCGUAAUACCUGUCACUAAAGAUGCCGCCACUCUACAAUACGUUACUCGAAUUCACCAGAGAAACCCACUCGUCCCCGUCAACCUCGUCGUUGAUCUCGGUGGCCAAUUCCUCUGGGUCGACUGCGACCAACACUACACCUCCUCCACCUACCGACCUGCACGCUGCAACUCCGCCCAAUGCUCCCUCGCGGACGCCUCCGGAUGCGGCGAAUGCUUUUCGCCUCCCAGGCCGGGUUGCAACAACAAUACCUGCGGCGUGAUGCCGGACAACACUAUUACCGGCACCGCCACCGGCGGCGAGGUCGCCCAAGACGUCGUGUCGAUCCAGUCCACUAACGGCUUCAACCAGGGUCGAAACGCCACUGUUUCCCGCUUCAUAUUCUCAUGUGCACCCACUUUCUUAUUGAAUGGCCUCGCUAGCGGAGUAUCGGGAAUGGCCGGUCUCGGCAGAACCAAAAUAGCUUGUCCUUCUCAAUUCGCUUCUGCUUUUAGCUUUCACAGGAAAUUCGCCGUUUGCCUUGCCUCAAGUUCAAAAGGUGUUGUUUUCUUCGGAGACGGCCCUUACGUUUUCCUUCCGAACGUGGACGCCGCUCAGUCGCUCACUUACACGCCACUCAUUGUCAACCCCGUAAGCACGGCUUCCGCUUUCACACAAGGACAGCCUUCGUCUGAGUAUUUCAUCGGCGUCAAAUCCAUCAAGAUCGACCAAAAAGUUGUCCCCAGUAUCAACAAAACUCUGCUAUCCAUAAACGAGGAAGGCUUUGGUGGGACCAAAAUAAGUACGGUGAACCCGUACACGGUUUUGGAGGCCUCGAUCUUCAAGGCGGUGACGGAGGCAUUUAUCAGUGCUUCGGCUGCUAGGAACAUCACCAGGGUGGGUGGCGUGGCUCCAUUCGAAGUGUGUUUCAGUAAGGACAACGUGGGGAGCACGCGGUUGGGUGCGGCGGUGCCGACCAUCGAGCUUGUGCUUCAGAAUAAUGUGAGUUGGUUCAUUUUCGGAGCGAACUCGAUGGUGGAAGUGAAGGACGAUGUGCUGUGUCUUGGGGUAGUGAAUGGAGGUGAUGAUCCAAGGACUUCAAUAGUAAUAGGUGGGUAUCAGUUGGAGAACAAUCUUCUGCAGUUCGAUUUAGCUUCUUCUAGAUUAGGAUUCAGCUCUUUGCUCUUUGGAAGGAUGACUACAUGUGCAAACUUCAACUUCACCUCCGCCCCAUGACCCGCCCUUUCCGCCCCACGAUCAGGAUUCGACUUUGAAUAAAACGCAUGCGGAUUUAUCUUCCCUUGUUCUGGUAUUAAAAUAAUUAAAUUUCUGUCUAUCAAUAAGUGUCUAGAUUCUAGAACCCCCAUGUUUAUACACUUCUCUGAUAUAAGCAGCUGUUCUCUGUGCAUUCGAAGUGCAGGGUUCAAGUGUGAAGGGCAAAAACGAGUAAGAUGUCCUCUUCUAUGAUUGAUUAAUUAAUGGAACCACUUGUAUUUUAUUUUACCAAUAUACUCCUCUCUGACUAA